GGAACGAAGCCUCCCGGAGCCCAAGUCGAGUAUUGGAAAAGGGCCCUAAUGCCGAAUUGAUAGGGCGCCACCUUGUGCUGGUAAUCGAUAAUUUCGCAGGUUCCCAUAUGGUCAGAUUAUGUACGUGUAUUUGGGAGUGCUUCGUCGGGAACCAUGUAGGCAACAUGGCAGCCUCCAUGGACAGAGGAAAACAUGAAUGUGACUUGAGCAUACCGUUCCCUUCAGCCAAGGAGGCUGAGAUCGCCUACAAUACCCUGAAGGUUGACAAGGAACCCAGGAAAGAAGUUACAAAGGAACUACAGCUUCAUGAAAAUACAUUAAAAGCGAGGUUUACAGCAACAGAGGCCCGGCUACUGAGAGUGGCCGUAGGAUCAUUCAUGGACUACUUAAACCUGACUAUUCAGACAAUGGAACACUUUGGCCCGCCCAUGAAGAGGGUCCGAUAAUCUGACGUGAAGGAACAGAGCCCCGGGGAGGUUGCCUCAUGAGCCCAAACUCAUCAACUCGAGUACGCACAACGAGCAAAACAGCUGUGAGCUUCCCGAGGCUUGGAGGCAGUUUCUUGGAUCUGCUAAGCACACAAUUUUUCUAAGCAAAUGUGACCCAGAUUUACAAAAUUGGUCAUCAAUCAUUGGGGUACCUUCAAGCAAAUGUGACCCAGCUUUACAGAAUUAGUCACGAGUUGCUUGGGCUACUUUUACAGGCCCUUGUUAUCUUGUACAGUGGAAGUCAGUAUAAUUUUUGUUUGAUCAUGUACUGUUUGUUCAUGCCAAAUGAAAAAUAAUGAGUGUGUUUUGAAAUGCAUUUGGAAAGCAAAUCAUUUCCCAUGGUGUUAUUUUGGGGGAUCUCAUUACAAAUGUUAACCCGAAAUAUUUCUGUAAGUAAUUAACAAGUCAUGUCGAGUCAUGUCCGGUUUCUGAUUGGUUCUCCCUGUUUAAUUUCAUGUCAUCGUCUGCCAAGAAUGGGCACAAACACUGCAAAGUUGCUUCAUUGCAUGAAAUGUACGAAAAAUGGCUUGACGUAAUCAAUUGGCCCGAGACGUUUCUACAUCAAGCAACACCAUCAAUCAUGGUCCGGUAUUUAACGGUGUAUAACGGAUAAUACUUUCUACCCAAGAGUUCAAACCCCUGUCGGUGAUCAUGUUAACUCUGCAAAUAUGGAGGACACUUGGUCGGUUUACUGAUACUCAGGAGCAAUGGGUGCGGGCAUGCAGAGCAGGUGCCCGAAGGGUGCAGAUGGCCAUAGCACCAAAGUGUUCGUUAAAGAACGCUGAAAUGAGAAAUGUACCGUGCGUAACUUGAUACUCAUUCCUUCCAAUGACUGAGCCUAAGGCUCUUCACUGCACAUGUAUUAUACUCAGGCAGGUCCGGCGAAAACUAUAGGCAUAAGACGGGGAGUGUGUUCAGGUUAAGAGACGGAUGAAGGCCCCCUUUCCCCGUUGAAUAGCCUGUUGCAAAACCCAUGGUAAUCAGAUGGAAGGGGAUUUUGCACCACUCCUUAACAAUAAUCACCUCACUGAGUAUCCGAAUAUCGAAAGAUAUCUUAUCUUGAAUUCUUUUCUUGCUGACCAGAGUUUGUAAUCGUCAUGCUGUGACCGUUGCUGCGUACAAAGAAACGUAGAUUAUUCAAAGUGUUGCAUGUAUGUUUAUUUUCACUGCAUCACGCACUUUCAUGCGUUUAUGAGAUUUUGAUACAGGGCUUGGACUUGAAUACUGUAUUAAACGUCCCGAAAGAAA